AUGAUAAACUCUACACAGGUUUCAUAUUUCACUCUUACUGCCUACUUUGACACUGGGGCUUUAAAGUACUUAUAUUUCAUAAUUAUUAUGUCCUUAUAUAUUUUUAUAGUUUGUGCCAAUGUUCUGCUGAUUGUGGUUAUCUGUCUGAACAGAAGCUUACAUGAACCCAUGUACCUGUUUCUGUGCAGCCUGUUUGUAAAUGAACUGUAUGGUAGUACAGGGUUGUUUCCAUUCCUGCUGGUUCAGAUCCUCUCUGACAUUCACACUGUUUCUGUGCCUUUUUGUUUCCUACAGAUUUUUUGUGUUCAUUCUUAUGGAGCUGUUGAAUAUUUAAACUUAGCCAUCAUGUCUUAUGACAGAUACCUCGCUAUCUGUUAUCCUUUACAAUAUAACACACGUAUGACAUUUAAGAAGAUUGCAAUGCUUAUUGCUUUAACAUGGUUAUAUCCUUGUUUUGCAAUGGUUGUUUUGUUAUCUUUGACUUCACCUUUACAGCUGUGUGGGAACAUAAUUUACAAAGUAUACUGUGAUACCCACUCUGUUGUCAAGCUGGCUUGCCCCAGCACCAAUGCUAUUAACAUUUAUGGACUCAUUGCAACUUUUAGCACAAUCUUUGGUGCUUUACUUUUAAUCCUUUACACUUACAUGAAGAUUCUCCUAGUUUGCUCUUCUGGUUGUAAACAGACUAGACAAAAAGCUGUCAGUACCUGCACACCUCACCUUGCAUCUCUGCUCAACUUUUCUUUCGGGGCUAGCUUUGAAAUCUUACAGAGCAGGUUUAAUAUGAGUAGUGUACCUAACAUGUUGCGAAUAUUUUUAUCGUUAUAUUUUCUUACAUGCCCACCACUCUUCAAUCCUGUAUUGUAUGGCCUGAAAAUGUCCAAAAUCCGUGUCAUAUGUAGGAGUCUGAUAUAA